CCCCCCCCCCCCCCGGGAGCCACUCCACUUGCGAGAUACCCGGGCCACCAAGAGUCCAACCACGACAUCGCACACGCGCCUAUCUACCCCCCGUCUGAACUGCAGAGGACCACGCGGUAAAACGGCAGCCAAAGGCUCGCGAUCAAAUAUCACGAGGCAAAAGAGGAAGACACGCGCCGCGCUUUGAGCCAGUCUCGUCUCGUGGCCCGGCAAACACAACACACUCCGCAGCUAGUCCAGCACCCACCGACACGACAAUCUCGCCCUCGUCAAAGUCGCGCGCGCCGCUUGCUCGCUUGCCAGCCUGACCAGCUCGCGUAGAUCUUGUUCAGCCCCGAUCCCGAGAUAAUAGACGCCCACCCCGGCCUCCCAUCACUCAACGAGGCGCGUACCUUCCCUCGCCCCUGUCGCGCUCGACACGAACGGCCAAACAGUUCCGACACCAUCCUGCCUUAACGCCACGUCACAUUCCCUCUCGCCGACUUUGGACGCGUCGUCGCUUUGGCCAUGUCGCAACAGGCAGGGCCGUCGACCUCCACCGGGGGAGAUCAGGCAUCGCAGCAGCAACAGACACAACAGCAGACACAGCAGAACCCCUUCCCAUCGACGCUAGACUUUUCAACUCAACAACAGCUGCUCCAACAGUUUGCUGCCAAGUUUCCAAACAACCUGGCUCAGCUUGGACAAGGAGGAGGAGGAGCUGCCAACCCCGCCGCCCUCUUCCCCAACCUCCCCAACCUCACUCUGCCUCCUAAUCGCAAGUCGAGCGGAGGAAGUCUAGGCGGCGCCGGAUCGCCGGCAUCCAACGGCUCAACUACAGCUCCAAGCCUCAAUCUCAACCUCGCUGCUGCUGCUGCAUCUGCGCUGCCUGGUACGACCCCUGGCCAGGUGGACGUCCAGGCUCUCCAGGCUCAACUGCAAGCACGGAUGCUUCAGGUCCAGCAGCAGGCGCUGCAGGCUGCCGCCAUGCGAGCCGGCGGAGCACCUGGCAGCUCACCGGCUGCCACUGCAGGAUCACCAGCCAACGCCCAGGCAUCAACACCUGGCUCAACGACAGCGGUUCAAGAUCCAACAGCAGCAGCACCCGUUAGGCCAGUAAAUGGCAUCCCAGAUUGGGCGGCUCAGGCUGCUGCCAGCGGUCUUCUUGGGAACAUUGCGGCUGGAGCCGACCGCGAGGCCAUCUUGAAGCAGCUGCAAGCCUUGCAUCAGUCUCAAGCUCAACGUGCAAAGCAUGCUGCCGCGCUUGGCGGAGCAGGCGUCAACGCUGCCACUGUCGCCGCGGCUGCAGCGGCCUCACCUGCGUCGGUCACUGCUCCAUCUCCAGCAGCAGCCAGUGCGACUGCGCCGUCGCCUGCUCCCAACGCAACGGGCACGCCCGUGUCGGGCAACCCGAUCCUGCCUUCGGCUGCCUCUCCUGCCUCAGCACCGUCGCCGAGCGUGAUCGCUGCCGUGGCAUCGGCAGCUGGCAUCCGCCCUCCCCUUGGCGCAUCACCAGCAACACCUGUUGGCGGUGGCCUGGCAGGGCCGGGAGCCCCGGGAGCUCGGCCUCCAGGCAUGCCAGUGCGGCCAAUGUUGCAGAAGCAACAGCUCCUGAACUCGCUUGUUCAGUACUACAAGACCGUCAACCAGCCCAUGCCGACAGAGCUUGUCAACGGCUCCUUCAAGCUGGGCGAGACUUGGAUUGAGCUCACAGAGCUGUUCUUUGCCAUCUUCAGACAAGGAGGCCUGAUGAAGAUCAUUCGCGACUUCCCAGGCAACCCCACCGAGAGCCCAGUCUGGCAACAGCUGUUGACAGCCAAGGGAGUUCCUUCCCCGCUCCCUGCGCCUGUUACAUUGCCACGGCAAGACCCCUCCUCGCCAGCGCAGACGACCACAAAUCCUGUCCAGUACCUCCUCGAGGCCUACCGGGCUUGGAUCUUUGGCUUCGAGCAGGCGAUGGCCCGGUCAAAAAUGGCUCAGAUCCAAAAGCAGCAACAAGCUGCCCUCGCUGCCUCUGGAGGUGUGCGCCCUCCUCUAGCCGCUGGCUCUCCAGUGGCGCCGACUCCUCCAGGUGGUCCCAUGGCUGCACCAUCACCCCAGACCGUUGGAACCCCUCGAGCAGUUUCGGGCCCGGCUCCGUCAGCUCCUACUCCCACCGCCAUUGCCCCGUCGCCCCAGGCAUCCAUUCCCCCAGCGUCUCCCGCAGUUGCAGCGCCGUCGCCUGCCGUUCAAGCGAUCGCCGCGACGCCGUCUCCAGCUGUUGCCACUCCAUCGCCAACUGCUGUGGUGGCUCCUCCGGCCGUGCCCGACGUGACUCCAGCACAGCCAGUAGCCCCCGCCGCCACCGCCGCAACGCCAACAGCCAGUGCUCCCACACCAAUUGCGCCUACUUCCGCGGCGCCGACGCCAGUGGCGGCUCCUGCCGCCAACACGCCCUCCCCAGCCACACCGGUCGCUGCACCAAAACCAAAGAUUGAUAUCGCCGUGGCCACCGCUGCUGCCGGGUCGCCCUUGAGUGCGGUUGCCCCCAUCGGCAUCAACGGAACGCCAACGACCGCAGACGGCGGCCCCGCGAAGAAGAGAAAGCGUGACCUUGCGAACAACAACAAGAGUGCUUCUCCAUCAACGCCGGCGCCAAUCUCCGCUCCGCAGAGUGCCGUUCCUCAUGUACCAAAACGCCAGCGGUACAAGGUUGAGUACAGACCACUGCACUUCCCUCAGCCGACGCUUGGUGGCUGGGAUGAACGAGCAGUGGCAUCUGCUUUCCCCAAGCACCUUCUUGGCCGGCCCACUCACGCAUCGCAAGAGCUCAAGGUCGACGUCGAGGCCGUUCUCAUGGGCUUACGCUCGAGAUUGCCGCGUGAAGUCGGAUACGGCUUGACGGUCUUGUCCAUGCUGUCGAUGCCUCAGAACGACGCUGCGACGACGUCAUUGCCCAUCCUGCCGAUGAUCGAAGUGUACAACGAGCUUCUCGACUUGAUUGCCGAAGCUGCUCUUGGUGAUGGCGGCCUGGAGGCCUGGUUGAAGGAGCAGGCCCAAGCUGCCGACGGCACUACAACACCACGCGCAAGUGUACCACCACUCGUGGCGGACCUGCGCCUCACGUUUGGCGACCUGGAACAACUCGGACAUCACUUUGACUACUCGGUCAGCGAGAACGAAGACUCGUUGAACACUGGCCGCGAGCAGACCCGCGGGCCUACCGACAUUGUGCUCGCAGGCCUCAACAUUAUCAGAAACUUUUCCUUCUUGCCCGAGAACCAGCAGCACAUGGCUCGGCCCGAGCUCUUCAACCUCUUGGCCGCGAUCACCUCGACUACUCUUGCUCGCCUGCCAGGAGAGCCCGACAGCGCCAAGCCGUACUCCGUCUUGGAACUUGCUCGCGUCAGGAGAGAAUCGGUAGCCAUCUUGACCAACCUUGGCGGUUUCUUCGACCUCCGCGCAAUUCCCAGUCGUUCAGUCUUGUCCAUUUUCCAGCUCAUCGCUGGAUUCUUAACCGAGGGUUGGGAGUCGUUCCGCUUGCGCGAGCCUGGCUACGGCCCCAACAUUUCGAUUCGGGACGUGCCACCAACUGCAAUUCUCAGCGUCGACAGGGCACUGGAAGCCUUUGGCAGACUCGCUCUGUUGGACCACAACCGCGAGGUCAUUGCGUCGGUGGUGCCGGCCGAUGAACUGGUUGGCCUCUUUGCCGGCCUCAUCAAACUCUUCCCGUUGUCCAAGCGCGACCUGGAGGCCAUGCACUCGAUCGAGGACUAUCUCGGUCGCGUCGAGCUGGUUGCGCUCGCCGUCUACUCUCUUGCCUUCCUCGCGCCGCAGGGAGCAAGAACGGGUAUGCGCUCGACACCGGGAGCGACUGCCGUCCUGACCCGGCUGGUGCACGACCUCACUCCGCGCGCCCCCGAGCUCAAGACGUCGCCAUUUGGGAUCCUUGUGCGCCGCGUUGCCGAGACGCUGGGCGUGCUCAACGGGACUGUCAACGCGGGCGGCAACUCUGAGCGCAUGAGCUUCUCUGCUGGCGGUGUCGACGGCAAGGGCUGGAAGUUUGCGUCGGAUUCUGUCGAGCCCGGAUGGCUCGCGUACGACGCUGAGCGGGUUCUCGAGUCGAUGGGAUGGGGAAGUGGCAGAGGGCCAAUGUUCCGUGUGGACGGGCCGACGUUUGCAGAGCUCGACGGGCUUUGGCGUGGUUAGGAGAGGAAGGGGAAGCAGAAGAAGCCGACGCAACAUGUUGUACUGCGCAGCGCAUGAAACACCACCAUAGCAUGUAGACUAUUCAGUGUUCCGUAAAGCACAGAAUGGAACUAGAACUGUAUCGAUG